AUGCAGUGGGGGAUUUCCAGAGACCCAGCCUUUGAUUUCCUUGCAGAGAUUCUCCCCAAACCUACCCUCUGGGCUGAACCACGCUCUAUGAACAACUGGGGUAUGCUGGUGACCAUAUGGUGUGAAGGCAACCUGGAGGCCCAGGAGUACAAUCUGUUUAAAGACAAAAGCUCAGCACCUUGGGACACUCAGAAGCCUCUGCAGUCCAGCAACAAGGCCAAGUUCUCCAUCACGUACAUGACAGACUGAAAUGCAGGGAGAUAUCACUGUAACUAUCUCAGCCCUGCUGACUGGUCAGAGAACAGCAACCCUCUGGAGCUGGUGGUAACAGGAGCCUACAGAAAACCCAGCCUCUCAGUCCUGUCCAGACCUUUGGUGACCUCAGGAGGAAAUGUGACCCUCCAGUGUGUCUCAUGGAAGGGAUAUGACAGGUUCAUUCUGACUAAAGAAGGAGAACACAAGGUCUCCUGGACCCUGGACUCUCAGAGAAAUGCCAUUGGGCAAUUACAGGCCCUGUUCCUUGUGGGCCCUGUGACUCCCAGUCACAGGUGGAUAUUCAGAUGCUUUGUCUAUUACAAGAACCAACCUCAGGUGUGGUCAGAACCCAGUGAUACCCUGGAGCUCCUGAUAUCAGGGAUGUCUAGAAAGCCAUCCCUCAAGAACAAACAUGGCCUUAUCUUGGUCCCUGGAGGGACAUUGACCCUCCAAUGUCACUCUGCAUGUGGCUAUGACAGAUUUUCUGUGGAAAGAGGAGGAGGCAUGACCUCACCCAGCAGCAUGUCCAGCAGCCCCAGACUGGGCUCUCAAGACAAAUUCCCACUAGGACCUGUGAGCAGCUCCCGGGGUCUGGUAAAGAUGUACGAUUCACACAGCCAGUCCAAUGAGUGUUCAGACACCAAUGAACCCCUGGACAUCCCAAUCACAGGCAAAGAACCCAGCAGGGUCAGUCAGAGACAAGACUGCACAGCCCAUGCUGGUGGAUCCCCACAGGACCCUCUGGGAUACAAACACCCCCAUAAUCAGGGCCCAUCUGAACCGAUGGGGCCUGUGAGGUGGAUUUUGCCCUCUGAUCUGAGAUUCUUCCCUGUCACGCAGCCCACAGAGAGGCCAACUUCCAACAUCCUGCAGGGGCCAUGGAGCCAGUGUCCAGGGACAGAGGCCUUCAGAAGAGAUGCAGCUGUGAAGGACACACAGACUGAGUACCAGGUGGCACUGAACAGUGGGGCUGCUGUUCCUAAGGGUCUUCAGGAAGUGACCUACACCCAGUUGGCACUCAGACAGAGAACAAGUGCACUUACUUCCUCCCAGUCAGAGGAGCCCAGCUGA